AUGAGCGGCCUCUUUGUUGCCGACCCGGACGGCGGCCGAGGCCAGCAGCACUCCGGUUUCAGAUGCAGCAUGGCACGCUCAGGCACCAUCUUGGAGGAAGAUCUUCAAAAGACCAUGCAAUCCGACGAGCCCGGAGGAUCUAACUCCACAAUGCGACCCUCAACACCACCACCCACGGGUUCCCCCGGUGGAGCCCACCAAUUCGUGUCCCCAAGUGGAUCAGUAGUCACCUCCAACAUCUCGCCUGGUUCUAGCACUGGCGGUGCUUCACCCACCUCGACUGCUCCAACAAGCGCUGCCACUUCGCCCGCCAAUCGCUCCUCAGAGUUCAAGCCGGCUACUCGUCAGCCCAGUGACAGCAAGCACUCUUCGGGAACUACCCAAGCCGCCUCAGCGCCGCACGUCGCAUUUGAUAUAGGUUCCACUUUGAAGAGUUCAAGCACUUCGCCUCAAUCGCCGGAUCCUAAAAUCAACAAGAAAUCGCCAGACGGCCACUUUGACCUCGACUCAAUCAGGCUCAGGUCCCUGUCUCCGACUCGUGAUUCCUACUACCUUCCAUACGCCAGACGGUCUGCAAUACCAUCUUCAUACUCAGAGCCGCCUCCACUGGACCUGCAAGCGCCCACCACCUUCGGCCCUUAUCGAUCCCCUCACACCCUCUCCGAGCUCCACGCGCGCGCCUGGUUCAGUGCCAAAAAGCCGUUUCCCAUCGAACCCUGCCUGCAAUGCCGGCUCAAGGGCCUCCCCUGCCCAGCCAACCGUCGCUCGCCAUGCAACGCGCACCUGGGGCCGCUGCUCGACCCCAGCAACGCCGACGACGACACCACGGCGCCGCGGCUGUUCGCCGCACAUCCCCGCUUCCCGGCCUGCCUCCGCUGCAUCCGCGCCGGCGAGGCGGACUCGUGCAUCGUCCAGCGCCGCGCGACCCUCGAGGAGAGGGCCGCCUUCCGCAAGAUCCCCAAGACGUUCUCCGAGGACUUCCUGCUCGACACCGCCGUCGUCAUCCUCCCGACCGACCGCGACGUCGCCAACCCUUCGCUCUUCGCCGAAAAGCUGCGCAAGAGGGAGGAGCUGCUGCAGCAGACGCGGAUGAAGGAAGAGAAGGCCGCGUUCGCGCCGCGGCAGGUGGUCGUGCGUCGCCGUAACAUGGCUGAGCAGGAAGAGGUGAGGAUCAGGGACGGCCAGGAGAGGGAUCGCUUGCUGUUGAGCGGGAAGGGCAGGAAGGCGGUGCUGAAGCCGACGGAGAGCUGGGGUGAGAAAUGGGUCGGGAGGAGGGAGGCGGAGGAGCUCGAGUAUAUGAGGAAGAUCAGGGAGAAUACGGAUGAGAUAUUGGCUGCGGCCGAAGCCGGUGGCAUCUGGGCGUAG